AUGGUUGAAAUCACGCCUUUAGAGUCCAGAAUAAUUAGACAAGUUGAGUAUUACUUUGGAGAUGUAAAUCUGUCACGCGAUAAGUUCAUGAAAGAGGCUGUUAAAGAGAAUGACGGAUGGAUUCCUAUGGAGACAAUGAUUAAAUUUAACCGUCUAAAGUCUUUGUCAGAGGAUGUUGAGUUCAUAAAGAAGUCAGUAUCCAAGUCACAGUCCGGGUUGAUUGAAGUAGGCGAAAAAGGUCUUCGAAGAAAUCCUGAAAUGAAAGUUCCUGAAACAUUUGAGACAGCUCUUAACAGCUAUAAAGAAAAUGGUGUCUAUGUUAAAGGCUUCUCUCCUGACGAAAAAUUGGACGAAAUUAUUGAAUGGCUUGAAAAACACGGUGGCAAAACCCUUGAUGUGCAUAUGCGCAGAUUUCCACGAGACAAAAAGUUUAGGGGAAGCAUAUUCGCUAUUUUUGAGAAGAAGGAGGAUUCUGAAAAGUUCCUGGCUUCACCAGAGGCUGCUACUUUCAAAGAAAAAGCUAUGGUUCGUUCAACCCAAAUCGAUUAUUGGAAACGCAAAGAAGAAGAAAACAAGGCUAAAGUUGCUUCACAAGCCAAAAAGAAAGCUGCACUUGAAGCUAACCAGGAAGCUCAAGUUAAUUCUCGAAUGAUUCGUGGAGCAUUACUUGAAAUCGUUGGUCUCCCAGAAGCCACAAAAAAAAAUGAUGCAGUUGAAGGGGAAGACGCUACAACUGAGAAAUCAAAAGAGUCGUCAGUGAAUGACAGUAAAGACUCAGAAGCACCAACAGUUAUGAACUUAAAACAGUGGUUAAACGAAAAGCUUGACUCAAGUACUCCUGUGGGAUGGAUUGAUAUCGAACCGUCUGAGGGAAAAGCUGUAAUACGAUUCAAACAACCUGAUACAGCAGAAAAAGCAUGGGCUAAAUUAAAAGAAGCAUUUGGCGAUAGUCCUGUUACUUAUUUAAACAGUGAAUUAUCAGGUCGCGUAAUUACUGGUGACGAAGAGAAGAAUCAGUGGAAAGUGAUCCUAGCAGCUCAGCAACAGAAAGCUCAGAAACGACGUGGAGGACGUAGUGAUGGAAGACAAAUUCGUAACAAACGACGUCGUACGAACUAA